AACAAACAACGGGACACCGGAAAAUGACGAGUACGAGGACAACGAAGAGGUUGCUCUGACAGCACUGCCGCUGUUCUGCAUUGGAUCGUUUCUAAUCGUCGUUAUAUUCUUGUCUAUCGCCGGCAACGUGCUGGUGUGCAUGGCCAUCUACACCGACAGAGGCUUGCGAAGGAUCGGCAACCUGUUCCUUGCCUCGCUGGCGAUCGCUGACCUAUUUGUUGGGGCGUUGGUCAUGACUUUCGCGCUAGUAAACGACCUGCAGGGCUACUGGAUGUUCGGCGCCAAGUUCUGUGACAUAUGGACUGCCAUAGACGUAAUGUGCUCCACCGCAUCCAUACUCAACCUAUGCGCCAUAUCACUCGACAGAUACAUUCACAUCAAAGAUCCACUGAGGUACACGACGUACUUGAACCGGAGGAACGCGCUGCUCGGCAUCGCUGGGGUCUGGGCGCUGGCCGCGUUCGUGUCCGUGGUGCCCAUCUGCAUACUGAGCAUACACCGGCCGCCAAAACCGGUUGUGUUCCACGCGGGCGACACCGAGUACAUGCGGUGCGCGCUGGACCUGACGCCCGAGUACGCCAUCAUAUCRUCGUGCAUCAGCUUCUACAUACCGUGCGUGGUUAUGAUCGGCAUCUACUGCCGGCUGUACCGGUACGCGCAGAAGCACGUGCAGAGCAUCCGGGCGGUCACGCGGCCGCUGACCACGACGACGACCACGACGACCGGUGCGGCCGCGGCGUCGUCCGCCACGCUGACGGCCGUUCACCACCACACGUCGCCGUACCACGUGAGCGACCACAAGGCCGCCAUCACGGUGGGCGUGAUCAUGGGCACGUUCCUGCUGUGCUGGGUGCCGUUCUUCUGCGUCAACAUCAUCGCGGCGUUCUGCAAGACGUGCAUACCCGAGGCCGCGUUCAAGGUGCUCACGUGGCUCGGCUACUCCAACUCGGCGUUCAACCCGAUCAUCUACUCGAUAUUCAACACCGAGUUCCGGGACGCGUUCCGCCGCAUACUCACCACCCACUAUCCGGACUGGUGCUUCUGCAAGGGUUACCGGACCGUGGUGCUCAGCUCGGACGCGUCGUUCCGGCACAACCAACGGCGGAAGCCGACCGGCGGCGGCUGCGAUUUCGUGUCGUCCGCCUCGGCCACGGCCGUCGUCGCCGCGUCCACCGUCGUCAAGCACAACGGCAAGGCAGCCGCCGCGAUGGCGUCCGCGCAGCAACCGGGAUGCGGUGCCGUGGGCGCGCCGUCGAUCGCGAGUCCGAGAUCGUCGGUGGCGUCGCUCCGCCAGUCGCGGCUCAACUCGUCGGAAAAGAUCAUCAUCGAAGCCGACGAGGAGAUCUGACCGCCCCGCGGUGGCUGGCAACCGCGCGACGACAUGCCUCGUUUCACCGUCGAGUAUCUCGUCUGAACGACAAUAUUUGUAGAAACGCACAUACGUGUCGUACAAUAUUAUUCGGUUAAAUUAUUAUGAUGUAAUAAUCUAUAAUAUUGUAUUAUUCGUUCAA